GUCUUCAGUAUUAUGGAGCGGCGACACUGGUCCUGAGGUGACAUUUAACAGUACCAGAGGCCAAAACGAGACCGCGACCGUGACAUCACCCAGAGACAUUUAAUAGGCUUAUUUUGUUUUAAUAAACAAUUACAAAAAGGAUAAAAGAAGGUCGGCUGCGGUGUGAUAAACGAAUGAAAAUGGGGAGCCGGGGACACUACCGGUACCACUGGCAAAGCCACAAUGUCAAGCAGAGUGGUGUGGAUGAUAUGGUGCUUCUCUCCAAGAUCAAUGAGGAUGCCAUUGUGGAAAACCUCAAGAAGAGAUACAUGGAUGACUUCAUUUUUACAUACAUUGGUCCUGUACUCAUCUCAGUAAACCCUUUCAAACAAAUGCCCUACUUUGGGGAGAAAGAAAUAGAGCUGUACCAAGGCGCGGCUCAGUAUGAGAACCCUCCUCAUAUCUACGCUCUAGCUGAUAACAUGUAUAGAAACAUGAUGAUCGAGCGUGAGAACCAGUGUGUCAUUAUCAGCGGUGAGAGCGGAGCAGGGAAGACGGUAGCAGCAAAGUACAUCAUGGGCUACAUCUCCAAAGUUUCAGGUGGAGGUCCCAGAGUUCAGCAUGUCAAAGACAUCAUUCUGCAGUCCAACCCUCUUCUGGAGGCCUUCGGGAAUGCUAAGACAGUGAGGAACAACAACUCCAGUCGAUUUGGGAAAUACUUUGAGAUUCAGUUCAGUUCCGGCGGUGAGCCAGAUGGUGGGAAGAUCUCCAACUUCCUUUUGGAAAAAUCACGUGUGGUGAUGCGGAAUCCUGGAGAGAGGAGCUUCCACAUCUUCUACCAGCUAAUAGAGGGAGCCAGUGGAGACCAGAAAAGUAGUCUGGGUAUCACCAACCUGGAUUACUACACUUACCUCAACCAGUCAGGUUCCUACAAGGUUGACGAUAUUAACGACAAGCACGACUUCCAGGAAACCUUGCAUGCCAUGGACGUGAUUGGUAUCUCAGGGAUGGACCGCGCCGUGGUGGUGCAGAUUGUGGCAGGAAUUCUUCACCUUGGGAACAUCAGCUUCAGGGAAGCAGGGAACUAUGCUGCUGUAGAAAAUGACGAGUUUUUGGCAUUUCCUGCCUUCCUGUUGGGCAUCGAUCAGCAUCGUCUUAAAGAAAAACUCACCAGCCGUAAGAUGGACGGCAAAUGGGGUGGCAAGUCAGAGUCCAUAGACGUAACACUGAAUGUGGAACAGGCGUGUUUCACUCGUGACGCCCUCUCCAAAGCCCUGCACUCUCGUGUUUUUGACUACCUGGUGGAGUCAAUCAAUAAAGCCAUGGUUAAGGACCAUCAGGAGCUGAACAUUGGAGUAUUAGAUAUUUAUGGCUUUGAGAUUUUUCAGAAAAAUGGAUUUGAACAGUUCUGUAUCAACUUUGUGAAUGAAAAACUGCAGCAGAUUUUCAUUGAGCUGACUCUGAAAGCUGAGCAGGAGGAGUAUGUACAGGAAGGAAUCCGAUGGACUCCCAUAGAGUACUUCAACAAUAAGAUCGUCUGUGACCUCAUUGAGAGUAAAGUGAAUCCUCCAGGCAUCAUGAGUAUACUGGACGAUGUGUGUGCUACUAUGCAUGCGAAGGGUGAGGGUGCAGAUCAAACGAUGCUGCAGAAGCUCCGAAUGCAGAUCAACAAUCACGAGCACUUUAACAGCUGGAACCAGGGCUUCAUCAUUCACCAUUACGCUGGCAAGGUGUCUUAUGAUGCAGAGGGUUUCUGUGAGAGGAACAGGGACGUGCUGUUCACUGACCUGAUCGAGCUAAUGCAGAGCAGUGAAAUACCUUUCAUCCAUGCCCUGUUCCCAGAAAACCUCAAUGCUGAGAAAAAAGGCAGACCCACUACUGCAGGGAGUAAAAUCAAGAAACAAGCCAACGAUCUGGUGAGCACCCUGAUGAAAUGUACACCUCACUACAUCCGCUGUAUCAAACCCAAUGAGACCAAGAAACCUAAAGACUGGGAGGAGAGCAGAGUGAAGCACCAGGUGGAGUAUCUGGGUCUGAAGGAGAAUAUAAGAGUAAGGCGUGCCGGCUAUGCCUACAGAAGAAUCUUCCGCAAGUUUUUGAACAGGUAUGCCAUUUUGACGAAGGAGUCAUGGCCGACGUGGCGUGGGGAUGAGAAGCAGGGUGUGCUGCAUCUCCUGCGCUCCGUAAACAUGGACCAAGACCAGUAUCAGCUCGGACAUACCAAAAUCUUCAUCAAAGCUCCUGAGUCGCUCUUCCUGCUGGAGGAGACAAGAGAGCGCAAAUUCGACGGUUAUGCCAGAACCAUUCAGACGGCCUGGAGGAAAUAUUGUGCACGCAAGAAAUAUGUUCAAAUGAGAGAGGAGGCCUCUGAUCUGCUUCUGAACAGGAAGGAGAGAAGAAGGCACAGCUUGAACAGGAACUUUGUGGGCGAUUACAUAGGUAUGGAUGAUCGGCCCGAGCUCAGGCAAUUUGUGGGCAAAAGGGAGAAGAUCGAUUUUGCGGACAAAGUCAACAAAUUCGACAGGCGGUUUAAGAGCAUCAAGAGAGACCUGAUCCUCACCCCUAAAUCUGUCUACCUGAUUGGAAGAGAAAAGGUGAAGCAGGGGCCAGAGAAAGGGAUGGUGAAAGAAGUCCUAAAGCGCAAAAUUGACGUAGAGAAGAUAAUGGCUGUUUCUCUAAGCACAAUGCAGGAUGACUUCAUGAUCCUGCACGAGGAGGAGUAUGACAGCCUGCUGGAGUGUGUAUUCAAAACCGAGUUCAUCAGUUUGCUGGCACGCCGAUACGAAGAGAGAACACAGAAAAAACUACCUCUCAAAUUUAGCACCACGCUGGAAAUGAAACUGAAGAAAGAAGGAUGGGGACCCUGGAAUGCCGGAGGGUCCAGACAGGUGCAGUUCAUCCAAGGUCAAGGGGACGUAGCUGUGCUGCGACCCUCAAAUAAAAUGCUGCAGGUCAGCAUUGGACCGGGUUUGCCCAAAAACUCACGUCCUACUAAGCAGGGCGUCACUCAAAGCCAUCCUAACAUGUCCAGGACACACCACCACACCCCAACACGAGUCGCACCCGGGCCUCCAGCAAUUGCUCACCAGAACGGAGGGCUGAAGAAUGCAAGUCACGUGGCCAAUCAGAGAAACUCGCAACAUCACAGCAAUCAGAGGCCGACAUCUGGAAACACGGCCCAUCCCUUCUUGCCUACUAAUGUCAGUCAGCUCAAGGACAGAGGCAGCAGACAGGCACCCCAGCAAACCAACCUGGAUUUCCUCAAAGUACCAGACCAAGGGGCCGCAGGCAGAAAUCGACAACCGUCUGACAAUGGAGGAAUGGCCCACAGACAGUCUACAAACAGGCCCACUCCAGGAGGUGGCCGUCCCAAACCAGCCCCCAAGCCGAAGCCCCAGGUGCCUCAGUGUAAAGCUCUUUAUGCCUACGACGCCCAAGACACAGAUGAGCUCAGUUUCAACGCAGACGACAUUAUUGACAUCAUUAAGGAAGAUGCCUCUGGAUGGUGGACAGGGAGGCUGAGAGGUAAACAAGGCCUUUUCCCAAACAACUACGUGGCUAAGAUCUAACCUCUUCUGCCUUUAAUGAGGGGCGCAGACUUGAGCCUCAGCAGACUUGUUAGACACAGAAGGAC